GAAAUUGCGACCUCCCGAGCUAGAUACCUCCAGCCUUGUUGUAAAGGACACUCUAACAUCUAUGCACAAAUAGCCCCGCGAAAAUCGCGACAUUCUCAACCGUGUUCGACUGUGGGAGCCGCAGUCAGCCUCGGAGGCAAAUCCUACGGCCUAGACCACACAAAUGCCUUCGCAGGAAGCAAAGGAUCGUCGGCAAGUAAUGAUUUACGAGGUUUGAUACAAGACUGCUUAUCGAUUGAGCGGCUCGACAAUCACUAUGAACACUGUGACUUCGUAUACUGAAUUAUCCGGAGGCGAGGCGCGCGAGGAGCCGAGGUUUGAGGCAAAUCCGAGCAAUAGCGGAUCGAUUAAUGUACGUUCAUAUGGGAUGAAAUUGGACAAGAAACGCGCGGUGAGGUUGCAUUUCCAGAUCGCAUAUUACCCAAUUAAGCGACCCGUUUGCCGAGCGCCCAUAUUGACGAAUAGAUUACAGCAAACUGGGUCGAGACCUUGUUCUGUAAGCAGAAUUUCCCCGGCUAUCGGAACGGUACAUCACUUUCUUACAGGAAGCCCUGGUUACAGUAUCCCUUUCGGUCGAUUUGAAUACCAGGAUGGCCUCACUUGCCUGCAUAUGACAACGCCCAUGUCGAACCUAUUUUUGGCACUUCCAGACGGCGGCGGAGCACCACCAUGCAGGUCCCGAGUCUCUUUGCGGGGAACGCUUAAUCAAACUUCGAUCGAAGCUUUUCGUAUACGCACUAUAAGGCUUUGCUCCGCAAUUCUCGGCCUUUGGGUGCGCCAUCACCGAAGAUUAGACGCUGCCGCGGAGCUCGUAAUGAAACGAUGGGCACUGACCACGUACCAUGCUAGAUUCUCAGAUCUUAAUUUCCUCUUGGUCACGAUCUCGUAUUUUGCAUUCAUCAGAGCUCCUGUUCCUAGUGAAAUCAGGUGACUCGAUAUGAACUGACUCGGCCUUAUGCAAUGAGCCCGCAAAGAACCUGGUCGAGUUCUAAGAGAUCGUGGUCUUAAUACCGGAGAGCGUGAAAGUGAGCUAAUAAUAACAGCGUUCUAGCUAUAUCGAUGUCACGAUGCUUCGUAUCGUUAUACUGUCAGAGGAAGAAUGAGAGAUGAAGUGGCCAGA